UGGGUGAGACGACAAUUCUCACAACAACAAAAGAUUCCCUCUCUUUCUUUGUCUCCGAUGGAAGAACAGUCGCCGCCGGCGAAGUGGGAAGGAGAAGUCUCCGCCGAGGUAACCGCCGCAGAACCCCAAGAAGUGUGGCCGCUGAUCGCCGACGAAUUCUGCAGCCUCCACAAAUGGAUUCCCAUCGACACGUGCCACCACGUGGCAGGCGUGCCGGGGCAGCCGGGCCUGACCCGCCGCUGCGCCACCACCCACACGGCGUCGGAGGCGGCGGCGCCGUCCACCAAGUGGGCCGACGAGAGGCUGAUUCUAAUCGAUCCGACCGAACACGUCUUAAGCUACGAAAUCCUCGACAACAACUUCGGAUUCAAGUCCUACGUGGCAACCUUCAAGCUGCUGCCGACCGGCGACGGCGGCUGCAGGAUCGUGUGGUCGUUCGUCGCUGAUCCGAUCGAGGGGUGGCCGUUGGAUGAAUUUUUGAAGUAUCUUCAAUUUUCUGUGCAGCACAUGGCGGAGAAGAUGGGGGAUUUUUUGCAGAAAAGUGGGUGAAAAUUUUAUUGAAAUAAUCAAAUCAAGAUAUUGGUUUUGUUUAUUUUGUAUUUUCUUUUUCUUUUCCAGAAAUCUUUACGCUUUUUAAUUUCUGAUGGUUGCUUCUUCUCGAUCUCCUGUACUGCUUUCAAUAAAUUGAAUCGAUCUCGAAGAUCUGAUUUUACUUUUUUCUUUUUUUAAUUCAGUUAAUUUGGAAGGAUUAUUCUAAUAAAGUUUAUGAUAUGUUCA